AUUUUUUCAGCUGGGUGUCCGGAUACCAGCCCGCCUGGAGGAGCAGAGGGUUAAUUGUCCGUUUCUGCCGGGCUUUGAGAAGGUUCAGAGGUGGCGGAAAUCUAAUCCCAGCCACGUUCACAGCCCCGGGGGCGGCCUCGGUGGGGAAUGGCAGAUGACAGCGGAUUCAGCAGCAGGGGGACUGCAGAGAUCCAGAACACAGAGAAGCAGGCAUUUGGGGAGCUCAUUUUCAAGCACUUCAGAAAAAAUAAGGUGGAGAUCGCAAGUGCCAUCUCUGAGCCAUUCCCUUUCUUCAUGAGCCUCCGCGAUCACGACUUCAUCUCUGAGCAGACGUUUGAGCAUGUUCAAGAAGCUUGUAAAGACCGGGUGUCAGUGAAAAAAGAGGCAUAUGAGGUCCUCAGUAAACUGGAGAAGACUUUUGACCCGUCUCUUCUGAAAGUGCUGUUCAGCAGAGCCAAUCUGAUGGCCUAUCCCGACUUAUAUGAGGUUUACAGAAGCUUCUCAGAUGUGGCUCAUGGCAACUUCCCUUACCUGCUCUACGAGGGAGCAGCUGCCCAGCAGAUGAUCAGCAUCCAGUCCAGCCACAGGCAAGUUUCCUUUGGGCACGUGAGUCUCCAGAGGAUCAAUGGAAGAGAAACUGAAGAGAGGCCCAAGCUGCCAUCUGAUUGGGGAGGGCCGAGCAAUGCCCCUUUGGAAGUGAGCUGGGGAGAGGAGCUCCAGGGUGGCUUGACCUCCACACCAAGGUGUUGUCCAGUGUCUGGUAGUCCUGCAACAUCCCAAGUGAGAAACAAAGAAGCAGAUGAGGGGCCUGGACAGCAACAAGGCAAUGGAGGAGCGGAGCAGAGCAACACCUCUUUUGAAAUGAGCCGGGGAGAUGAGCCCCAGGAUGGCUUGAGCUCCACACCAAGAUGUGGCCCAGUGUCUGGUAGUCCUGGAAAUUCCCAGAUGAGUAAUGAAGAAGCAACAGUGGGGCCCAGCCUACCACGCUGCAAUGGAGGAGGAGCAGAACAGCCGGAAUGUGAGGAUGAGAAGUGUUCCUGCGUCAUGUGUCUCCCAGAAGGCCCCACAGGAGGGGCAGGAAGCAGCCAGACAGGUGGCACGAUGAAUACUGUGGAUAGUGGAAACAGCCCUACUUUAGGAAAUCCCAAGAAAAAAAAAAGAAAAAUGAAAGGAUAUAACCAGAUAAAAAUCAAGAGGAAAAUCCAGCAAAACAUUCAUCUAAAAGAUGACAGCAGAGCUGAUGGCCGGGUGGUCGCCAGGAGAAAGACAGCGAAAAGGAACCUGCACGGCCCUACCCAGAGCAGGGGAAUGACCUCAGCAAGGCAUGUGAGACAGACUGUGGAUCUCAGUGCUGACGUACUUCCUGUGACAUGUGGUGAGGUGAAGGGAAUGUUACAUAAGAAGAAACUGAGCGAAGGAACCUCGGUGAAGUGUAUUCAAAGUGAGAGUAAAGACUGGUUCACCCCAGCUGAAUUUGAAACCCAAGGGGGCUAUGGAAAAUCGAAGAAUUGGAAAUUGAGUAUUCGUUGCUACGGGUGGCCCCUGAAAUCACUGAUCAAGAAAGGAUAUCUACAUAAGCCUCCAAGAACACAUGGCAGGAAAAGAAAGCCGAGAAAUUCAGACGUAUGUGAGGUGUGCCGGAACGGAGGGCUGCUGUUCUGCUGCGACACUUGCUUCCGGGCCUUUCAUGAGACGUGUCACAUCCCAGCGGUGGACGCUGAAAUGACGCCGUGGAGCUGCAUCUUCUGCAGGACGAGCUCCUUAGCAAGCCCACAGAGUCAUCCAGAAGCGGAGAUACUGGAGCGGCAGAUGCAGUCCAACGAACAGCUGAAAUGCGAACUCCUCCUCUUAAGGGUCUAUUGCUUCCCGGAAAGCUCAUUUUUUACCAAAAUUCCCUAUUAUUACUAUGACAAGGAGGGGAUGCCUCCGGGCGUGGAGAGACCCAUGUGGUUGAAUAAGAUCAAGAAGAAGCUGAGCGGGCAGGCUUACUCUCACGUGGGGAAGCUCGUGCAGGACGUGCGGCUCGUCUUUCAAAACCACAGGGCCUCCUUCAAGGAUCUUAUGUUUGGCCAAAUGGGACUUAGACUGGAGGCUGAAUUUGAGAAAAUUUUCAAGGAAGUGUUUGCUAUCGAGGGAACAAAUGAAAACAGUUGACCGGUGUCAUGGAUGCUACUGGUAUCAUGGUAUAAUCUCCUUUCUGGCCAGGUCUUCCCAUUGCCAGCAGCAGUGAGGGUUGCAUGUUGACUGAUUCCCAAAGGAUUGCUCUGAACUAGGAGCUGCCUUAGGGUCCAUCUCCUUGCCUCCAGCUGGAACCUAGGAUGUGAUGGGAGUCUGACACUAUGCUCUCCCUGGAACCAGCCUGAACCAGUCUGUCGCCAGCUGGCUUAGUUUCCCCUACCACACUUACUGUGUUGUUUCCAUUGUCCCCUUCUCUUGAGAACAUUCCACAAUACCCAUGGGCUUCCAAGACUACCGUUGGUGGCUCAUGCCUGUAAUUCCGGUACUUGGGAAGCUGAAGCAGGAGGAUUACAGCUUGAAAUUUUGAGGCUGAGUUUGUGAUCCUGCCUCAAUACAAACAAAUGAACAAACAACCCAAGAAAUGUGUGAAAACCAAAAGAAGACUUGAACUCAGACUCUGCUGGAGGGGAACCCACUCUAAGUUAAUGGUCCUAGAAAUUUACUCCCAGGAUGGGAUUCUAGAGUUGGGCACAGUCUGGCCGAAUGGAGACCAGCACAAUACCAGUAGUAGCUAGGGUGUCAUACCAGUGCACUUGCCAAACUUACACCUGCAGAGAAGGUGAUACGGAAUGUAUGAGCCAUGCGUGUACUGGUUGUGGGGGAGAAAAGGAAACAAUAAAAAUGGUGCUUGGUGGCUAUUGUUAA